UAAAUAUGGCAGCCUCCUGCAAGUUGUAAGAAUUUACAACCCACCCAAUUAUUUUGCGAAUGAUACCACUUAAAGGAAAGAAAAACCAUGGAAGACACAGUGCAGAAAAUACAGGCUAUCGAUGAAAAGUUGGUAAAGGGGGCAGAGGAUCUUGCCUUUAUUCAAGACAGCCUCAGCAAAAGUAGUCAGAUGACCUCAAAUAUGGUGACCAUAUUGACCUCAUUUGAGGAACGGCUUGGCAUGUUGGAACAGAACAUCCUCCCCGUGCACAGAGAAACGGUUUCACUGCAGAAACUGCAAGAAAAUCUCUCCAUCACUCUAAAUGUGUUUGACGAAGUGCUGAGCCACCAUGAUGCAGUCAGGGAUCUAGAGCAGGCUGUCAAGGCAGGGGCGGGGAAUGGCCUGGAGCAGUACCUUAGCCACAUGCAGCAGAUCGAGGACGCCAAGAACUUCUUUGAGGAGCACAACCCCAGCAGCCCUGAGCUGGCUAAAGCGACAUCCUUGUUCAACACAGGCAAGGAUUCCCUGCAGAAUGAGUUCAGGGUCCUGCUGAGCCGCCACGGCCAGACCGUUCCCCCUACCACAGUGCUCGACCUCAUCGCGGCCGAAGAAGAAGAUUUUGCUUCAGACAGUGUGUCCCUCAGUCUAAGCCAAAUGCCAGAGUCGGCCAUGGAAGACCUGACUGAGAUCGCCAGGUGGCUGAGAGACCACAGCAAGACGCUGGACUUCAUCGAUAUCUACCACGCCACCCGCUCCAUCAUCCUCAAGAAAUCCGUGGAGACAUUAAAGGACCACCUCAGGAAGAGCACAAUACCGUCCAUGGGCAACUUCUCUCCUAUGGUGACUGCUGGCAAAGUUCACAAGAUGAAAGACACACCCAAAGGAAGAACAAGUUCUAAUUUAAGACCGGUCGUGGCCCGAAAAGGCUCAUCUGCGAGCCAGACAAGUAAAGGGGAGACGUCUGGGCGAAAGUUUCAAUCGCUGGCCCCGGACUCCCACGUCGACCUGGAUUCAGAGAUUGAGAACUAUCUGUACUGCGUCAGCGGGCUUCUCAAGCUCAUGCAGAGCGAAGCCCAGAUCAUGACUGGCAUUAUUCCCGGGGAGCACCAACGUCGGACGUUUGACAAGAUCAUUGAGAAGGCCAUGGAGAUGAUCUUCCAGGACGGAGAGGCAAUAUCGUCAGCUGCCAAGAGAGCAGUCCUGAAGCACGACUACACCGCCAUUCUGACAGUGUUUCCUGUCGCCAAACAUCUGAGCCAGAUCAGACCAGAGUUUGAGGAGACGCUACAGGGUACGACACCAACUACGCGUUCCAAAUUACCCAGCCUGAUUGCCAGCCUGGAGACCACAGGAGCCAAAGCUCUGGAAGAAUUCUUUGAUGUUGUCAAGAACGAUCCAGACAAGUCCAAUAUGCCAAAGGAUGGCACGGUGCACGAACUGACCAGCAAUGCCCUGACCUUUCUGGAGCAUCUCCUUGAUUACAUCGAUACAACAGCGGCCAUGCUGACAGCACACCGAGAUCAAGGCUAUUCCCCCAAGACUACUGAUGUAGAUGCAAAUAAGAGACAGGUGUCCAUCUAUGUUGCCAAGGUGCUGGGGGCCCUGAGUCUCAACCUGGACCAGAAGGCCAAGACAUACUCGGAUCAGUACCUGGGAGCCAUCUUCCUCCUCAAUAACUAUCACUACAUCCUGAAAUCGCUGGAAAGGUCCGAAUUGAUGAAGCUGGUCCUCGUCAGCACACCAGACAUUGAGUCGCACUACGCUGAUGUCAUCAGAGAUCAGAAGAAGGAGUACUCCAAGAGCUGGAACAAAGUCCUGUCCCACAUCUUGGAGGUCAACAAGCCCAUGUCAUCUCAGCGCAUGGCCCAAGAAGCUGCCAAGCUGAAGGAUAAAGAGCGACAGCAGAUCAAAGACAAAUUUAAGGAACAAUUUACUUAUAAGGUGAAGGACAAAAAGGAGCGGCAGAUGAUCAAGGACAUAUUCAAGGGUUUCAACCAAGAUUUUGAGGAGUUGUACAAGACCCAGAAAAGUUAUGCCAUACCCCAUGCUGAGCUGCGAACGGCCUUGCGUGAGGAGAACAAGAAACUCAUUGUUCAACCGUACCAAGUCUUCAGGGACAAGUACAUGUUGAUUAACUUCACCAAGAACCCUGGCAAGUACAUGAAGCUAACUAAAGAGGAGGUGGCAGCGUCCAUCGACAAGUUCUUUGACAUCACAGCAUAGAGAGAAGCCUAUGAUUUGAAGUAGCCAGCCUUACAUUCCAGAGACUGUCCCAGAUGGUAAGGCAUGGAAUGAGGAGCGCAUAUCAACAACUGCAAACAGAUCCUGGCAUAUGAAGGCAAGUCCGUUGCUAUUCUUCCCCCCCCCCGUUUUUUUGUCAGGCCGACUGCCUGAUCUCCCUCGUCAGUAGACCAUUUUUCCUCCUCAUACCUUGGCUGGUCUGUUGCCAUGACAACCUUUGCCUUCAGACUGCAGACUGCUGUUAUCCUUGGGGGAGGUGGGUAAAGAGCAUCAGCAUUCUCCAAGAAGUCGCUCCCCUCCCCCCCUCCUGUUUUGGCCGUUUCUGGCCGAGCUGAUGUAAGUUUAAUCUGAUUUCUUAGCCUUGUUAUUGUUGUUUGGGAUGCAAGCCGUCAGGUGUAAAGACACAGGCUGUAAACAUUGAGGUUGGUUUGAAGCGGUCAGUUUUUGUGGAAUUUUUUUUUCGCAUGUUUAACCCACAAAAUAUUUCAUGAAGAAUCGAAGCCAUCAUCUUUGGCAGUGAUUAAGGACCGACUUUUACUAUUUCAUGGUAAUUUCAGUGGUGAGAUGUGCCUGUAUAAGCAAACAAAUUUCAAGGCUAUUGAUAGAUUUUCCCAAAUGUAUCCCAGAUUUGGCACCUUGUAGUUAUGUCAGUUGGCCUACAGUUUUGCUUCACACAGAAACAUUGGUUGAACUGUUGAAUUUACCAAACCUCUGCAUUGCUGGCAACAAACGUCUGUAUCUUAAUACAUCAUAUAAUGUACAGUGUAUGCUGGAUUGACAUAUUGUAAGAUGUGUUCUGAUUAUAUUGUUUGAGUACAUGUGUUGUGUGUGAUGUAUUAAGAUGUAGCAUAUACAUACACGUACGCUUAUUAAGAUUGACUUUUAUUACUGUUGCCUGUAUUGUAUUGCCUCUCUCUGGCUGUGAAUUUGCAACCGCUGGGCACUGAUAAAGUUUGGCCUAUUUUUGUCAAAUUAAAAUAUUGAAAACAUAGAUACUGGAGUGCUAUCCUUAACUUGCCAUGGGCACACAACACUAUUUAUUUAGGAGCCCUGGUUUGGAAAUUUCCAAGGAGAAAACAGACGCUUGAUUUCAUCUAUUGAGUGAACUCCUUUGAAGCAUGCAGCCUAUCAAGUUAAUGUCUGCCCAUGGCUUUCCAUUUCACACUUGACAGAGGUGCGAAUUUGGCGCAAUUUGAGACAAGCCCCCACUUGUCAACCUGGAGAUAGUUUGGCACAUUUGCAUGCACGACUGCCGACCGAUUCUCGCGUUUGUUUACAGCUCCGUAAUUGCUUCACGCCACAUUGGUCAGCGAGCAAGAUCCGCAGCGGUCCGCUGGGCUUGAAAUGCAGAACACAUGAAUGUAAAGCUGUUGAAAUGCGGGAUGUACAGUAGGUGUCAGUGGGAAAAUAAGUUUGGGGGACAGUUGGACAGUAAUACCUGGAUUGGCGUGAACAUACACCUAUCUGUACACGGCUUAGUUGAUCACACAUGGGGAUGAUAGCGGGUUUUGUGAAGGAAUGAAUGUGGUUUAAGCAACCAGGCCAAACUCGCAAAGGCUGGAUAUUGAUAUGGGCAUGGAUCUGCUGGCCUAGCUGUGAAUAAAUGGACUAACUGGGGUUCCCACUUAAGCAAAGACUGAAAUAUUACAGAAAAUUCUUCCAGGUAUUUUGGGGGUCAAAUUGAGACCGGAUGAUGAUGAAGUGUGUGCCAUCUCUGGCUAGGCAUGGUCAACUCGGCAUUUGAAUCUAACAGAAUCAAUUCCACACACUGACUCCACGUUUUCGUUGUCUGUUUAAGAAAUCCAAGGGUUUUGACUCUCUGUAACUGUUUCAUCUGUUGGCCAACCGGACCAGGAGUCAUAUCUUGACCACAUGUAGUCCUUGACUAUUGUGACUGGUUCUCGACAUGUAUUUCUUUCGUUAUGCAGUGACUAACACAUUUAAAACAAUAUGCACACCAAUUUAUCGCUUGACCACGCCCAUUUAUAUCAACUUUAAUCUCAAGAUACUAUUCAACUUUUCCUGCGGUCUCCUUUAAUUCUGAAAUCAGAACUUUUAAGCACUGAAUAGAAUCGAGAAAAAUUAGAGACCAAAGGUCUGUCUCAGCCUGAGCUUCAAUCUUGGAUGGGUUCAGUGCCAGCGACUCAGACUCGGUCCAAGUCAUCAUGGUCUCAUCUACACCUCCGGUUGGCGGCUCCAAGAAUCUCUUCCUGACUGCCUGACUCAUGCAUUGGCUUGCAGUGGGUCGGAGCUCUCUUUACAAGGGGCUAUGCAGCAUCACCACCCACUGUUCUGUCACGUCUGGUGCAGUGCCUUGUGUUUCAGCUGCUUUACCCUGCUGUAACCUCGUUGGGCAUCCAUUGACCUGGCAGAGGUAAUGAGGGUUGAAGUAAUCAGUGCAUAGACUUUUAGUCGCGGGGUACUGGUGUGAUUUCCGCAGUAUUUAUUCCGUGCAGACAAAAAUGGCCUCUGUGCUUAUAUGUGAUUUUAGACACACAUUUAUCCGGUAGCCAUCGUGGAGGGCUGUCCAUAUCCGCUUGAUAAGGCUUGGAGUUAUUGCUCUCACCGCAUGUACCACCAAACAGGCUCUCUCAGGGCAAAAGGUCCGUGGUUAAUGUUUGGUCAACUUCUAAGUCGAGGAAGCAAGCAACAGUCUUUUUCGGUGAAUCAAUUAGGUAAAUCCUGAAUUUCUCAGUAGUUUUUUUUGUCAGUGAGAAUCAGAUUGUUGUUAAAGUGGACUUAACAGUGAAUGUUGACAUGAAAUGCAAAUGAUUUCAAAAUGACUUUGACUGUCGGUGCAUGCAACUUUCCACCAGUGAAAACCCUAGGGGUAUGAUAAUACAGAGACAGUGAGCCAGUUCUGUAUUCUGACAGCGCGGCAUGCCUAAAAAGGUCAUUCGCACGCACAUGCUAGGUCUGCCCAAUCAGAGCAGCCCUUACUGGACUCAUGCUCGUGCUUUGUUCCCGAAUCAGUGUUGUAGUCGAGACUACUUAAGACCUUCACAAGAGCAGCAUGAGACCUCCAGUCUUGAUUCAAGCCACAAGCUAUUCAAAUGAACUGCAACGAAAGCAUUCCUUUGUCAUUGUUCACCCUGUUACUUGUGACUGGUCUUGUGUCUGGUCUUCUUUCUGGUCUUGUGCCUGGUCUCGUAAUGAUCUCCACGACAACACUGUCCCGAAUGUCCUUGCUUUUUUGAGUACUUACCAAACUGACUUAUUCUGACGAAGGAGGGGGAAUUAUUAAUCUUGCGUGGAGGGUUCUGUUUAUUUUCCAUCAACCACACAAAAACAUCGCAUUCAUUUGUUGUAAACUUGGUGAGAGUCCAUAGGCAAUUCAUCUGUUGCCAAACAUCACCGGGUCUAAACCGCGUCAUUGGGAAUGGGCGAGAUUAACCAGGCAAGAAACGUUCAUCUCAACAGCCCCAAAACAAAUUCACAAACUUAAUUGCAGUUCACCUUGCAAAUGAGAGUACAGAACACGACAGUCCAUACAAAGAGAAUCUCUCUAUGACGUCAAAGUCAUAAUUAAAUCCAGGCAAUGCUUAAUUUUCUCUUCCAGGAAAAAACACCCGGCCAUAUUGAUUGAGGUUGAAGUGUUAACGAAGUUGUUUUGUAUUCAGGUAAUUGAUGUACUAUAGGUUAGCUAGCUGGUACCUCACAAAUGAAUUUCAACAUAUGAAAACCUCAUAAGGAUUUUUCAUUUUUUUUUUCUGGGGAUUGAAGUGGUUUACGAGAAAUUUCAAAAUGACGAUUGGUGGAAAUUACAGGGUAGGGUUGGAGUGUCACAGGGCAUCGUUAAACUAUACAUAUAUUACAGCCAUGAUGAAGGCCCUUCCCAACACUUGAAAUUGUAACCUGUUUGUUUUAUUUUACAUUAGCUUGUUCUUUCCUUUGCUUUUGGUUUAAUGAUCUGACCUUACGAGUAGCCAUUUGGGUUUCAUCUAGUUCACUGCUAUGAAAAGAGACUGACAGUCUGACACAGGCAUUUUUGAUAUCUACCCAGUCGACUGCUCUUUAUUGAAACUUCCAACAUUCAAACGGACAAAUUUAACGAGCAAAUCAAUGAAAAAGAAGAAAAACAAAGGCCAAAAAAGGAUGAAUUCCUGAUAAUUUGCCGCUGACCAAAAUUUCUUAUUAAAAAAAGGAGCACCAUUGCUUCAAGGUUUCAAUGAUUUCUGAUUAUUAGAUGUUUAAAUAUGACAAUGCAUUUUACAGUGUGAUAGAUACAGUUGCAAUGCAUUUCAUGUGAGGUUUAAUCGACCAUGAGAAAUACGUUGUCUUGAGAUUGAACGAACAGAUUUUUGGGCUCUCAAAGUAGACCAGUCUUUGUGUUUGUCCAACAUAUAAUGGGAAAAGGUUUUGCAUUUAGUGUAAGGCAUUUCUAGUCUGAUACAUUUUGGGCCAUAUUUUGCCUUCUGAAAGGAAGCCUUCACUUUCACAAUCACUGUGUUCUCAAGUUAAAAGCCAAAAAAUGCUUUUAAGCCUAGUCAUGGAAGGAGACAUUGUCGAAAAACCAUUUCCAAAACACUGAGUAUCAUUCAAUUGCCCUUAGGAUCAGCCAUUUUAUGCAAAUCAACAAAAAAGAAUUCAGAAAUCUGUGACACUGAUUUUCCACAAAAAUUUCAAUCCUUCAAAGUUAUAGCUAACACCAAUAUCAUACUUUACAGCACUUUUAACAGUCACAGAAGUUAAUUUUGUUCCAGAAUUCAAAAUAAUGUACCGCCACAUUUUGACUAUAAUUGAAUACAUUACAUAUAUUACUGCACACCAAACCACAAUAUUUCAUAAAUUAAUUGUAACAAAAAGGUUUAGUAAAAAUUGCACAUGAACACCACAACAGUCAAGAACACCUCCAAAUUAAAAAUACCAAAACUAUCAACAUGUGACCGUAUUUAUCUUUUUCCUUCAUGUAACUUUUCAGGGCAGUUGACUAUUUACAAGCAUGUGUGUACAUGAAGUUGUUAUCGUUAGAAAAUCAUGCCCUGGAGUUACACAAGCCAACUGGGACCGAAGUCAAAUCAUUAAACAUGGGCCCUUGUUUGUCCCAAAUUGCUUAUCUACCCCUCCCCCCUCGCUUAGCUGUCAUUUCUUGUAAAGUUAACCCAUUCAGGCCCUUUGCUGGGACUUGCACGUACAUGUACCUUUUGAAAGAAUUCCCCCCCCCAUCCAAAUUUAAUUCUGACAUGGGGAGAAUUGCUUCAUGGAUCACUGGCUUCUGUCCGGGCUUGCUGUGAGAAUAGAAAUCUCUGAUAUUCUUAUUUUUAUUCACGACUGACUAGUUUUUCAACCAUUCCAUACAUCAAAAUCAAUAUAACAUUUGAUGACUUAUUGUGCAAAGCUUUAAAGGUAUGAUGAUAACACAUUUUGGGAAUGGACAGUCUCAAAAA